AUGUCUCAACCUGUACAAAGAGCUGCAGCACAAUCUUUAAUUUCAAAAUACAUUAACAAAGAGACUUUAAAAUAUGUAUUCACUACCCAUUUCUGGGGCCCUGUUUCUAACUUUGGUAUCCCUAUAGCAGCAAUUGUGGAUUUGAAGAAAGACCCUGAAUUAAUUUCCGGUUCAAUGACUGCAGCUUUGGUUGUUUACUCCGCUGUAUUCAUGAGAUACGCAUUAGCUGUUACUCCACAGAACUAUUUAUUGUUUGGUUGUCAUAUCAUUAAUGAAACUGCGCAAUUAGGCCAAGGUUUCAGGUGGUUACAAUAUCAUUAUCUUAGUGGGAAAGAGCAAAUAACGCAAGCCAAAAACACUACCGAAACCAGCGCCAGCAAAUAA